GUUCGGCCACAUCGAGUCAGACCAACGGAAAACAGUCGCGCGAAUGAUAUACUCUACCGACCAGUCGAUCGGCGCGGUUGUCGAGCGGUUACACUAUCGCCAAAUGCUUGAUAAUAGUAUCCUGGUGGUCGUCAGCGAUAAUAGUGGCCGUAUCCGUGUAAAUCCCGGAACCAAUUGGCCGUUCAAAACCACACCCCAAAUAUUUUAUGGCCUACACGAAGGAGACAUGAGAACACCGGCACUCAUAUGGAGUCCAUUGCUAACCAAAAGUGGUUACGUCUCGGACGCCAUCGUCGACGUCACGGAUCUGUUGCCAACAGUUUUGGAGGCCAUCGACGGCACCGACAGUUUGGCCGACGAGCGCGACAUUUAU